AUGCAUUUUGCUUCAUUUUAUGAAGACAGCAUUGCCGAGUGCUCUGCACAUCCUGGUCAAUUUAACUUUUUUACUUCAGAAGUGAUAUGCUACGAGAGUGGAUAUCUUGGAUGUUACCCUCGUGAUUUACCGGAGUUAACUGAUCUUGAAGAGCCUUGGAUAAACUCUGCUGACAUAGAAACCGAAGUGACGAUACCUGACUGCAUUACCUGGUGCAAUCGCUCUGAAAAUGCCUAUACCUAUGCUGCGGUAUACAGAGGUGGCACUUGCCUCUGUGGGAAUGCAUCGCUGGCCAUUAAUCAGUCUGCCAGCGUUGAAGAAUCGAUGUGCAACAGAAGAUGUACCGGAAGACGCAUUAACAACUGCGGAGGUCUUUUUCAUGUCGCUCUCUUCGAUAUCGAGACUUCUCCCGAGGCAGAUGGCACAAUAUAUGCUGGAUUCGGCACCACCGAGUCGAGUUGGGAUUUCGAUAACUCGACUCUUUACCCUGAAACAUCAUCGACGUCAUCUCUGUCUGGGAAUGACGUGUGUAAUCAGAAGACAGAAGUACAGCAUUUCAAAGAUUGUGGAUUUCUAGGAUGCUAUCCCUUUCAUUUAUCAGAGUUAACGAACCUUGAAACUCCUUUUGGAAUCACAUAUGACAUUCAUGACAUGACGAUACCAAACUGCAUUACCUGGUGUGAGCGAUCUGGAAAGGCCUAUCUCUACGCUGGUGUACUUACUGGUGCCACAUGUCUAUGUGGGAGUCCAUUCAUUGUCGUUGACCCGUCUGCUCGGGUACCUGAAACAUUGUGUAAUUCGCCAUGUAUCGGACGAAGGAGUGAAUUUUGUGGAGGCCCAUCUCACGUUGCUCUUUUCAACAUCGAGACAACCCGCACACCAUCAAUAUUGCCGGGCACUUACCCUUACCCUACCGUGAUGACGGAAACGUAUAAUUGUACUCGAACGACAGAAGUACAAUACUCCCAAGGAGGGCGAAUUGGUUUGAUCGUCGUAGUCGCAAUUAUUUUGCUGUAUGCAGUUGUUGUUACUUUCUUACUUAUUCGACAAAGACGCAAGGGGCCAAGUUCCAUGAGUAUGAAAACUGUAGAAAAGGGACAUGAUCCUUCCAUGGACCUACAGCCAAGACCUGUGGGAGACGGAACACACUAGGACGACUGUCAUCUCAACAACUUUGUCGAAGAGUCCAGGGAAGUCUUUCAUGAAAGGACUUGCCGGACGUUUAAUCCGACAAGCCAUAUUUUAUCAUACAGUUACUGUAGUAACAGUACCACUCAGCCAAUCAGAAUCAAGGAAAGUUGUCAGAUCAGACAACUUGUCGGACAACUAUGUUGAUGAAACGCUCCUUAGAAAACAGCGCGUGACCGCAGAAGCACAACCUGGUUCGGUUUACGCAGUGGCGAAAUGAGCAAAUAAUUUUGACCUUUUUAAAACAAAAAUCAAAUUUGAUUAAAGAUUUUGACAUAAUGCUCAGAAAUUAAUAUCGUAUUUCACCUUCUCUUCUCUUUUCUUUAAUUUUUUUUUCUUAGUCAUGAACCCCCCCCCCCCAUAUCUCUCCGCCACUGACUCUAUACGAGAAUCAGAAUGUUCGAAUUCCAUCGAAACAACCAGUGGUGCUUAAAGUUAGUGAACCACAUCAGAAAAUCGUUGUAUAUAAAGUGUUCAAGUUUUGGAAUUGUCAUUAUGAAGUCAAGUAAUAAAAUAUUACAUUCAAUAAAGUUUUUGUUGUUCUUGACUUCCCGAACAUUGUAGUGUUGUUGCCUGCAUUGAACACUCGGCAUUGAGGAGUGCAUUUUGUGGUGGGGUUCAUUAUUAUUUUUUUAGCACAACUUUAUUGGACGGAAUGUACAAAAUGGUUUCAUUGCCGAAUCAAGCAACUUUAAAGAGAAAGUUCACCCUCACGAAAAUUUAAUUGUAAAAAUAAAAAAAAU